UGCAUUGCAUGCACUUGAAUUGUCCCAAUUCGAUCCUUCCAUAUAUAUGCUGCUCUAGGCCAGCCCGAGCUGAUCAUACAUAUAUAUAGACCAUUUUGCAACCAAAUUAAUUAAGCCCUAGGCUAGCUGAUCGAUCGAUCCCAUCAGCUGCCGAUAUCAAGCCCGCGCCCCAUCCCUCGAGAGCUCCGACUCCGAUCCAUCAGCAGCUAGCUAGGUAUAGCUAAUAAGUCAUAUGGAGCAGCAACCCCAGCCCUCAUCUAGCGCGACGACCACGUCGUCCUCGUCACCGUCGUCGUCGCAGCGCCGGGAGCUGCAGGGCCCGCGCCCGGCGCCGCUCAAGGUCCGCAAGGACUCGCACAAGAUCAGGAAGCCCCCGGCGCCGCAGCCGGGAGGAGGAGGAGGACCCGUCCAGCAGGUGCGCCAGCCGGUCAUCAUCUACACGGUGUCGCCCAAGGUCGUGCACGCGGAACCCGGAGAGUUCAUGUCCGUCGUGCAGCGCCUCACGGGCGCGCGCGGCGCCACGGCCUCUUCUUCCCUGCCGGCGCCGCCACCAGGCCUGACGACAACAGAGCCACCACAGCAUCAUCAGAUUCAGCUGACGUCGUCUUCGCUCCCGUUCCCGUUUUUGGGCGGCCACCACGCGCACGCGCCGUCGUCGUCAUCCUCGGCACAAGCACAACUACUCCAGCCGGCGCCAGCGGCACCGCACUUCCCGUUCCAGCUGCACCAGCAACAGCAAGCGCCCGGCGGACCGGCGGCACAGCACGAUCACCUGAUGGUCCACCAGCUCUCAACCGCGGCACGCCUCGCCAUUGAGCAGCAGCAGCAGCAGGCGGCGGCUGAUGUUCGACUUGGAGGAGGCCUGCUGCCGCCGUUUCCGAGCAUCCUGUCGCCAGAGUCGCUCCCGGCGAUCCCGCCGAGCUUCUUCUCACCUCCGGCGGCUCCGGCCGGGGGUAACUCGUACCCGUACCCGGGCAUAAGUCUCUUCGGCGGGCUCAUCAGCCCGGCAUUUCCUGGUAACGAAACCACUGGUGGUGGUAGCAUGAGCAUCGCCGGUGCAAAUCAUCAAAGUGUGACGAUGUCGUCGUCGCCGUUACAAGAAGCGUCGCCGUCGACGGUGACUCCGUCUCCAUCUGCCGGUGCGUACUAUUGGGGUCUCUUCAACAACCAGCAGCACUAGCGCAGCUGCCGCAGGAAUUGAUCUCGAAGCUUAAUUGUCAUCAGUGCAAGGAAAAUGACAAGAGAGUUGCUGAAUUGGUCGUACCGUACGUGGUCGUUCUUGGAUGACAUGACAUCUUGCAUAGCUGAGAAUGCAGGAGAUCGAGUCCACUGCUCGGCCAGUGGGGACGGGCGACUGGGUUCACCAUUUCCUUUCCCACUGAUAAACAACACAGAGCCAGCUAUAUAUAGGUUAGCUACAUAUACAUGCCGGUAUGUGAUUAACUGUGAUAGGAGUAUAUAUAAGCUAGCUAGGUCAAUUGUUCAACCAUUGCUACUACUGCUUUAUUAGAUAUAUUAUUGAUUUUUUUAUGAGAUAACCCACUUUGGAGGUGAUCCAUCAGAUUAAUAAGAUCUA